AUGAGUCAGUCAGUGACCCCAGAAAACACCGAUAUGUUGGCCAUCUUACACCACCAUCGCAUAGUCGACAUCAGCCGCAAGCAAGCGAGGGUGCGUGUCCAAGUGGCAAAACAAACUGACUCAAGCAAACAGCCUAUCUUCCGUUUUGGUACAUCAAGCCCAUUCCUCUUGUCCAAAAAGGAUGUGCCACUAAGGAACCAACAAAGGAUUUGGUGGAGAUUGAGUUUAUGUGCCUGGCACUGGCAGCACCUGAGAGUUGACUUUUACGGAGACAAAUCCACUCACUCUCUACUGCUUGUUUUGUCACCAGCGAUUGCCGGAGAAGAAAAACGCCGAGAGAAUUAG